GUCAAACAGCAUGAUACACCAAUGAUGCAGGCAUGGAUGCAUCCAGUGCGCCGAACGUGACAAGGCUACACGCUGACGGAGCUUUUGCACUGGACAAAUCACUAUGGUACAAUCUGAGUUUGAUCGUGCUGAUAGUAUUGGGAUCGGUGGGCAACGGUCUGUGCUUCUAUGCUGUGGUUAGAUACAAGUUUCUACGGACGGUGCCAAAUUUCCACGUCACCUCUCUGGCGGUGUCGGACCUGUUCGUGUGCGUGUUGGUCUUGCCCCUGACUGUCUAUAACGGGCUCAGGACAGGAGAAUGGAACUUGGGCGGUUUCAUGUGUCACCUGUGGCCUUUCUUCGCCUCCGUGGGAUCCUUGUCUUGCAAACUAACGCUGUGCGUGAUUUCCGUGGACCGUUAUCUGUCGAUCGCUGCGCCCGUCAAGUACUUGAAGUACCGUAAACCUCGGAUAGCGCUGGCCGUCAUCACCGCGACGUGGCUGGCUGUAUUCGUCACGUCCUCGCCUUUAAUUUCCUUGACUUCGCGCUAUCGCGGAAGCGAAUGUUUUCCAACAGAAACCAUCUUUGACAUCCGGGCCACCUUGGCUGUAUGCUUAUUCGUGCUCCCCACUUGCGUUCUGGUGGUUGUGAACGUUGGAACGGCUCGGGCUAUUUGGAAGAUCAACCGCCCGCGGCGAAUUGGUCCUGGGAGAAACCCAGAUGCGCCUGGGAUCGGGAAUGUCCCUGCACCAAAUCAGCGUGAUGUCCAAGCGAGCGUGUUGAAAAUGCAGCAAAAACGAUCAGAGACGCCGGGUUGCAGCACCCAUAGGUCUACGCCCAUUAGGUACCCGGCUGGCUUGGAAGCUGAUGACGCCACGAUGGCAAACAUCCCCGGUCCAUCCUCCUCCAAAGAGCCCCAAAGAGUCGCUUCCAGUGCCGCCGUAGCUGCGGUCACAGUUCAUGUCAACCGCCGUCAGCAGCGGGACACAGACCCACGCCCCAAUCAGCAGCCGAGGAUAGAAGACAUCUUGGCGGCCCGUAGGAAAACAUCCUUUGCAGUGAUAGCCGUAGUUGUCGGCUCUUACAUAGUCUGCUGGCUGCCUUUCUUCAGCAUCAUCCUGUACUCCAAACAGCAUCCUGAGGUCUACCAAACCCCAGUUGCUCCCUGGCCGCUGGUAGCUAGCCGAUGGUUAGGCUUUCUUAAUUCCACCAUCAACCCAAUCAUUUACGCCUCUAUGAAGAGAGACUACAAGCGAGCCAUGAAGAUGAUGCUUCGGUGCAGGCGUGCCUAAAUCCGCACAUGCGCAGAAACCGAAACGU